AUGAUGCGUUCAAAAAGCGCCUCACAGAUUGGGUUCUCUAUUGGAGGUGGAAGUAACUUCGUCGGAGGUCGAAUGUCUAUGUUGGAUAGAAAUCUGGAAUCUCUCGAUACUGCAGACGUUUUAUUUACCUCUGUAGGGAAUCCAAACGGUGAAGCUUUGCAGGGUGGAGAAGGUAAGGACGAUGAUAUGUCGGAGAACUUUACGCGUGUGCUUGAUGCGGCUUUAGAGCGCAACACAUUAGACCUUAGGUCAUUUUUUGAUGAAGACAAAUCACCUGUAUAA